GUCGUUAGGAAAGAGUCGAGCGGCAGUUCCUCCGAAGUUACAUCGAAACUUCCAUAAUAAUGCGGUGCUCAACAUGAGUGGUCAGCAGGACGAGCAGAGUGUUGUGUUAACCGCCUACAUCAGCAACAGUGAAGCUUUACCGGCCGUCAGCUGUAAGGAACAAGCGGGGUUUUCGGGACCGAGCCGUAAAAGCGGUCAAUAUAAUGUCCAGAAAUGCAGACCACCUGCGGCUGCGGGUUCGAGCUUGGGGAAGGCCCCGUACCAGCGCUGCAGCUCUCAGGACUCUCUGGAUGAGCAGGCAAUGGUGGACUACUAUAAAGAGCUAGAGAUCAUCCAGCGCAGUGGAGAUGCAGAACUUCAGGAGGAAGUGCAGCUGAAGGUGGCCGAUGAAGGUGAGCAGGAAGAGGCGUGGCUGAUGGAGGUGGGGCUAGCUACACUGUUUGAUGAGUCUGCGUCAGACGGCGAGGAUAGCAUCGUACUGCUGUCUUCUCUGACCCGAACGCAAGCCGCAGCUGUGGAGAGGCGCGUGGAAACACUCAAACAGACACUACGCAAACGAAACAAACCAUACAGCAUCCCUGACGUCCGGGAGAUCUUUAAACCAUCACCUUCUUCAGAUAGUAAAGAGCAUGAGGUGGAAUCCACAGAGAGAAGUGGGAGCAGUAAUGAGGAAGUCAAAGCGCUGGGUAAUGGGGUGGGGCCUGAUGCUCAGGGGGGCGGAGCUGAGACCGAGACGGACAUUAACCUGGAGGUGUCGUUCUCCGAGCAAGCGCUUAUCUACAAAGAAGGGUUGAAGGUGACCCAGCUCCAGAGUGAAGCUGACGACAGGUUACCCGAUUUUAAAAUGUCUCAGGAUAAGACGGGUCAGACACGAGUAGGGGAUCUCUCCUCUGAGGACAUGAAGAAAGUUCGAAGGCUUGUUCUCAUUGAGAUGAGCGCUCUGUUUGACACGUGUGGAAUAGAGCUGAAAGCUCAUAAAGCUCUCAAGAUCAAAGUGAGAGACUCAGUUUUGUUUGGUGUUCCUCUCUCUACACUACUGGAACAAGACCAACGGAGGGUCCAAGGAACCAGAGUGCCUCUCAUACUGCAGCAUUUGGUCUCCCAUAUAGAAGAGCAGGGUUUAGACACAGAGGGUGUGCUUCGGAUACCUGGAGCGGCUACUAGAGUGAAGGUAGUCUGUCAGGAGCUGGAACACAAGUUUUAUGAUGGGAUGUUUCCAUGGGAAAGACUUAAACAGCAUGAUGCAGCUAGCAUCCUGAAACUAUUCAUUAGAGAGCUUCCUUAUCCUCUACUGACUGUCGAAUACUUCAACGCCUUCAUCUCUGUAUUGAAGUUGCCUACUAAGAAACAGCAGCUACAGGCACUCAAUCUGCUGGUUCUCCUGUUACCAGAACCCAACAGAGACACCCUCAAGGCUCUGAUGGAGUUCUUCCAGAGAGUGAUUGAUCAUAAGGACAAGAAUAAGAUGACACUGAACAAUGUUGCUGUGGUAAUGGCUCCCAACUUCUUCAUGUGUAAAGGCUUCCGCAAUAAGAUCAGUGAACAGCAAGAGUUUGCCAUGGCAACUGGCACUGCCAACAUUGUCAGGCUGCUCAUCCGGUACCAGAACCUGCUUUGGACGAUUCCCAAGUUCAUCCUGAAUCAGGUGCGCAAACAGAACACGGAGAAGCAGCGGAAGAUGAACAGAGACAGAGCGGUUAAAAAACUACUGAAGAAAAUGGCCUACGACCGUGAGAGAACUGCAGACAAACAGGAGAAAAACACUGAGGCUGAAGGUGGCUUUAUAAGAGUUCAGGCUCCUCAGUUCUCGAUGGUCUCGAUGGCCGUACAGCUGACAGAGGAUUUAAAGGCCUCAGAUGUGCUGACACGCUUUCUCAGUCAAGAGAGGUCUCUGUCUGUGAAAAGAGAAGAUCUGUGUCUGUAUGAGAUGGGAGGGAACAUUAAGGAGAGAUGUUUGGAUGAAGAGACGUACAUCAAAGCUCUGCUGGAGCUCAACCCCACUGCAGAGUGGAUCAUUAAAUCUGCCCAGCACUGACCACAACAAAACAUGCCAAUCAACCAAUCACACCUUAAACAAGAGGACAAACUCAUGAUUAAAGGGAAAGCAGUUCUUUACAACUGUACGACCGCUCGGAGUCCUCUGCUGCUGAGCGACACACCUCGCCCAUCAACACUAGAAUGACUGACUGCUUAACCAUUACUAACCCGUGAGAAGUUUUAGAUCAGAUUGUUGAGUGGCAGGUUUAGGCACCGCAUUUGUAGAAGAAACCAAACAGCUUGGAGUGUAAUGGAAAUAAGGGAAAUUUGGCACUUUUCAUUGCUUGCAAAGGAACGAUUGUUUGAAUGUUAGUGAAUCUGAUGAAAACAUGUCUUGGUCACAUUUCACCACAACAUGAAUGAAGAAAUGAAAAAAAUACAAACAAGAAGUUAUAUUUUGUGGAAACAUUUUGCCCAAAUAUAAAUAUAUUCUUUUUUUUUUUUUUUUU